AGAGCCCCCUGCUGGGCGCUCAGGUCACCUUCACCGACUGCUGCUGUCUGUACGGGAAGGGCUGGGGGAUGGAGUGCGCCCUCUGUCCCUCCACCGACUCCGACGACUACGCCUUUCUCUGCAGUUCCUUCCCUCCUCCUCUUUUUCCAAGUUUUCCGGAUUCGAGUGGAUCAGAAACAGGAGUGAGACGAGGAGUCGGACGAGGAGGAGCAGGUGCUCCUCCUCAUUUCCCUCCGUACACUCCUGACUCCUUCCCUCCAGCUGUGGUUCCCGGCAGAGACUUCAGUCGUCCUGACUAUGACGAUUACUCUCCAGCAGGGGGCAGCAGGUCAGACUUCAGGACUCCUUCGUCCUAUGGCAGACCUGAGUACAGCACUGGUUUCUACUCUGAAGGAGACUACUCCUCCCCUGACGGGCCCCCACCCAGGCCUCCGUCCUUCCGCCUCCAGCCGGACCCCCGGGCUGAGACCGCGUUCGGGGCCCGGCCUCCUCCUCCGUCCCAGCCGGACGGCCCUCCUCUCAGCCUGGCUCCGCUGCCCGGGGCUCCUUACGAUGACCAGGAGGAGGAGGAGGAGACGUGGAGGUCAGGGCCGCCGUUCCCACCAUUCACUGAGCGGAGAGGAGGAAGAAGAGGAGGAGGAGGAGGAGGAGGAGCACCGAGGAGGGUGUAUGAAAGGCGAUACGAGUCGUAUGCCGGCCUGAGCGCAGCAGAGGAUUGUGGGAUAUUGCAUGGCUGUGAGAACGGCAGGUGUAUUCGCGUGGCGGAGGGUUACACCUGUGACUGUUACCAAGGAUACGAACUGGACAUGACCUCCAUGACCUGCAUAGAUGUAAACGAGUGUGAGGACGGCGUCAGCGUCGAGUUCCCGUGUGUGAACGCUCGCUGUGUCAACACCGACGGCUCGUUUCGCUGCGUCUGCAGGAGAGGAUACGUCAUGUCCCGCCGACCCAACCACUGCGUGGCCGCAUAGACGCCGUCGCACCAGACCGAACCCGACCAGGACAAACCUGGGACUGGACCCGGAGACAGACUGGGUCGGACUACAGGAGACUAAACUGGUCUGGGUUUUACUUCAGGACCAGAUUUGACAAACUUUACUCAACCAGGAUAAAACGUACUGGACUUAAAAACUGUAGAUUGCACUAAACUAGGCCGAGCUGAACUGGGCCGGGUCAGACUGUAUAUUCAGAGUCAAUUUAUCCGACAGUCAGUUUCAGUCCGGCCCGGUUUAUUUGACCCAGAAACUGAAACCAGGCUUAUAUUACAAAUCAGACUAGCUCUAAUUAGCCUCGCAAUACAAAUCAGGCUAAACCAGGUCACACGUCACAUGUUCCUGACGACGACGACACAUCAGGACGUUUGUUGUUUUUUAAAAUGUCUGAAGAAGAGACGUGCACAGUUGUGAAGUAGAAGAAGAAACGGUUUGAGUUUGAUUGUUAAUGUUAUUGUUGUCGGAACAACGUUAGCGUCAACGAAUGGUCGUGUUCAUCAUCAGUUCUUUAUUUUCUGGAUUCGUUGAUGAAUUGUUUGUUUAGUAAAAUGUUAGAAUUUCACUUUUCCAGAAACCAAAGGUCUCAGUUCAGGUGCAGUUCACCUGCACAUUUCAUUUCACAAUGUUUUACAACACGAAGUCACAUUUUCAGAUAUUUUCAUCGAAGCAAAGAUUUGAACCGAGUUCACUCAAACGAUCGAUAAUCAAAGUGACAAUUAUUUUCCCGUCAGUCAUCGAUUCAUCCGCAGCUCUGAUUGUUAUAGAUGUGUUUUCACAGAGGAGCUCAGGUUGGAUUUUCAUUCUGAUCAUUGUAUCUACAACUUACACUACACACAUACAUUUAUAUACACAUCAAUAUUAAACAGCAGUGAUUGAGAGAAUGAUUGAGUCAUCUACAGACGUGACAACAGAAAAAUCGUCUGACUUAAUUAAUGAAGGUUUACACGAUAAACAAUGUUUUUAUGAGACAUGCAGCAGAGAAAUUCCAUUUUUUUCACUGAACCCAGCUGUGAUUUCUGACCACGCUGCUUCACUGUAGACGAGUCUCGUCAUCGUCUUGUCUCGCUGACAGAAAGUUACUGAAGAAGUUUUCAGACAUCGACUCUAGAAAAUAUCCAGAGAAGGUGUCUGGACAGUUUCUCAUGUGAAGCAGGAGAUCGUCCGGGUCCGACUCGUUUCUAACAACAGGAACAUGUGCGGAACGUUCAUUCCAGAAGUUUCCACACAUUUUCCUGAUGUUUCCUCUCAUGGACUCACUCUGACAUGUUCCAGAUAUUUUACCAGGAGGCUGCAGGAGAAGAUCCAGAAAAUGUCCAGAGACACUGACUCACAUACAGAACCUGCACAACAUGUGAGGAACAUGUGAGGAACACGUGAGGAACACGUGCAGAACCUCAGCAGCUUUACUGAAACACUGAUGAAGAGUUUAUGUCCUGUUGAUUCAUUUCAUUUGACCUCCUGACCUGAGGGUGGCGCUCUGCUGAGUCAGUGAUUCUGGAGGAAACUUAUCCCAGUUUGCUUGAUUAGAUUUAUUUCACGAUCUUUGGUUUAAAAUGAUCAAAUUCUAAAACAUUGAGUCUAAAAAACGUUUGAUUCUCAUGUGACUGAAUCUCCAGAGUGACCAUCACAGGCAGUUUCUUUAUUUCACAUUUCAUGUUCAAUUCUAUUUUAUUUGUAUCGCGCUACUUUGGUGAACGCUCUAAAUACUACAUUACCCAUGAUUCCACUCAUGAGCUGCUGGAAGCUGCAUCCAGUCACAUUGUGUAAAUAGUGAUUUGCAUAAUCUGUUUCAGCCUGUAAGAGUUUGUGUUUGAUUAACUUCCUGUUGUAGUUAACGAGCUGAUUCCUCCUCAGUAUAACGUGCACUGUACCUUCCACACACACACACUCACACACACACACACACACACAGACACACACAGCAGAUUGUGUUAUUAGUGUUUGAAUUGUCGUCUCUGGUGUUUUUUUUAAACUGCUCAUUUUAAUGUUUAAUGAUUCACUUUUGUAUUGUUGUGGUUUGUAUGUCAAGAAAUGAAAAUAUAUUUGCA